UAUGGUCAUUUUAAUACUGCCCUCAAGUAGUGUGUCGGCGUUGACACACUACUUGAAGUAAUAAAACAUGUUGAAAUUAUUUCAUUUUGCCGCCGUUUGUUCAUUCGACCUUUCGAAUAAUUCAACCAAAGUUUACGGUCCGCCAAUGGUCGAAUUAACAGGAGUCGGGUGUACACAGGAAUCGAAGAAAUCGUGUUUCUCGGCAACAGCACCGAUUUUAAUGUUUGUCACUUUUAAAAGGGAAAAGUUAAAAUCUAGCGACUGUAGGAGGCAGAUAUUUUAGUUAGGGCGUCAUUUUCUUUUUACGAUAAUUGUCGAAAAUUGCAAAAUCAGAACUUAAGUACUGAAUAUUCAACUGUGUAACUCAAUAAUAAAUAAUGAUAUAGCAAUUCCUUAAACGGUGGAGGAGGAGGAAGCAAGAAUAGACGGAAAGACAGGGAGGUUAGCCACUUCUCAGACUACCCUGUGCUGGGAAAAGGGGCUAAGGGGAAUAAAAGAUAAUAGAAAAGAGAUAUUAGAAAAAAGUCAAAGAACAAAAGAAGAAAGGAUGAAAAGGAAAGGAGUAUACGGCACUGCUUAAAGUCUGUCUCUGAGACCAGUUGUCCCCAAGAAGCGCAACAACGGUUUCAAAGCCUUCUGUGCUGAGGACGGUCUCGGCCAGUGUCCCAGGACCCUUUCGUUUCCUCCGACAAAAGGCCUUUGUGAAAACACUCUUGAAAGUUCUUUCCUGAGUGCACUGAAGCGGGGACACUCACAGAGAAGGUGGGCGAUGGUUGCCUCGCGCCUACAGUAAUCGCAUGUAGGGCUGCUGGCCAUUCCGAUCCGAAUUGAGUGAGCAUUCGUGAAGGCCACGCCAAGUCACAAGCCUAUUAAGACAUUUAAGGUGUACAAAAUUAAUGCAUUAUACACCGCUGAAAAAUAUACCACUAAUUUGUGAGCAGGGCUUUUGCAAAACCCUCGUAAACACUGUAGCACUUUCACAUAAGCCGUAAUUUCAUAUAUAUCAUAUUUGUCCGCUUUAGAUGCUGUAACAGAUGCCGCAUAUAUAUGUACGAUAUGUGUUUUGGGUGCAGAGUUACACAUUUGUAAACUUCGUGCUUCGAUAUUUGGUCCUUUUCUUUCUUUCUUUUUUUUUUUUUUUUGCGGCAUACCGUUUUCGGCAAUUAAGAACGUUCCAAGCUCAAUAUCAAGAUUGUCCUUCUUAGAGUCACUAGAAUUAAAUGCAUUCUCUCUCAAACGCAACAAAUUUAAUUCAUAACGGUCCAGCGGUUCUCUGAAAAGCAUUUCUGGGUUGUACAUGUAUUUGAAGAGGGAAAUUGCAGUUGGCCCCGAGCAUGGCCCGGAGCUAAAGUUAUCAGUAGUGUGAAUAGCACAGAAAUAAAUAGAAUACAGGUGUUCAAUACUUCACCUUAUAUGGUCCCUUUUACUACUAUUCAUAAAGAAGUGGGCGUUUAAGAAUUGAAGCACGUAUGAAGUUGUUCAAAUCAGAAAAUCAUCGCAGCAUCAAGCUCGACCAAAAAAAGAAAAAGAAAGGAGAAAAAAAAAGCGGAGAAACGUGGGCGAGUCACUCUGCCAAAACUUGACGAAAGCCACAAACAGGCUAGCCGAAGCCGCCCGGCAUUUGCAACCUCCGCCACGAGAUGGCGCGAGAGGCGCGGCCACCAUGAAGAACCAGCUGUUGCUUCAAUGUUGGCAUUUUCUUUCGCAUUUGUAAUUCUUUUUUCCUCCGUAUCUGGCCGAGGGAGGUUCCCCUCCGCUUUCCGUCAACUCAGCUCACGACGACUCUCGCAGACAGCGCGCACACGAGCACACGUAGCACAGCGGCAUGCACGCACGGACAGACGUGGGCAGGGAACCCACCCCAACAAAACUUUGGCUGCUUCGCUGCCGUGGUGGAAUGUGCCGCGGGAGGCCCCUCGAGAGGCGCGUCUCUAGCAGACGACGGCGGCGGAGCGGCGAGUCUGGUGCGUCGUCUGCUUAGGCCUAACCUCUCGUGGCUGCGAAAGGGCAAACCAGCUGAGUGUCUGCGCGGGGCCACGUAACCACCCCCACGAGCGAUCGGCUCUACCACAUGGCAGGUUGCACACGCAGUAGGAAGUGCCGUAACGCAGCGCAGCGUGCGUAUUGCGCGCGGGGUAUCCUCUGCAGCGAGCGAGUGCGACUCCCCCCUUCCUGAGCGCGGCGGCAGCGCCUUCGGAGUCACCUUGGAAAGGUUACGUCAGGAACGUAGCCUUGUGACGUACCGUGACGACAACGGGCUUCCCCCGCCGCCAAAGCGGCGUCCCCCGAGGGAGUCUCUCCCCGCUCGCUCCCUGUCGGCGAGGCACACGCGCGCUACGCGUCGCCGCAACGUUCGGCGCUCAGUCGGCAGACCGAAGGCGUGCUGCGUGCGUGUUUGCGUGCUCCGCGUGGCUUCGCUCGCCGCCAGCGCGGCUGCCUUGUGCCGCCGUCUUCUCAGUCCAUCCUCGGCGGCGUCGCCUCUUGCGUCCGCUCCGUCCAACCUCCCGAGUUUUUUUGCCUAUGGUGCACUCCUGGACCACGCUGCGUUUCGCUAUAUUCUGCGCGCUCGGACGUAGUGCUGGCUACCGCUUUUGGAACGAGUCAAGAAACUGCAGGAGGACCUGCUUGCUACGUUAGCCGACGACCCUGAAGUGACGUUUCAAGUUGCGCUGCACCGCUACCGGUGCUUUUGACUGCGCCUGUGCCGCGUCUUCCUCGUUCGGCUGAGUGGCGUGUGUGUCUGCAGGUUCGCGUUGUGUUACGGGCAUCUCAUUAUGCAGCCAACGGCACUGGAACUCCACGAAGUUCGAAGAUGGUCCGGCAUCUGGCAAGCGGAGCAGGCUGGCGGCGGGCGGCGAGACUAGUGGGGGCGGCGGCCGCGCGCUCUGGCGGCCCCUGUGGCAGCCCGGCUGGCACCCGCGGGGGGCUCCCCCGCCGCUGCUGCUGCCCGCCAUGAAGGCCUCCGAGGGGGCCGGAGGGGCAGAGCAGCUCGAGGAGGCCCGCGUCGAGGCAUGGCUCGACGAGCACCCAGCCUUCGUCGGCGACUACUUCAUGCGCAAGGCCUCGAGAAAGCGGAGACGUUGCUAUCCGCAGGUGGUGGACUCGUGGCUGCUGGCGCACGCCGUGCCCCAGAGCGUGGUGCAGGCGACCUUCCCUUGCCCGGCGGACCAGGCAGCCGGCUCGUCGGCGUCCUCCUCGUCGAUGCUGGCCGCGGCCCACUCGCUGAGCAGCAGCUCGAGCUCGCUGAACGGCGGCUCCUCCUCCGGCGCGGGCGCCAACAUCUCGCCGCCCAUGCGCAAGAUUUCGGCCUGCGAGUUCGACCGCGGCAGCCCGCUGCGGCCCAUUGUGCAGACCAGCUUCGACGGCACCCCAACCUUCCUCACACUGCCCGCCGCCGCGGAGAACCAGAGCGGGGUGCCCGGUGCGCCAAGCGGUACUGGCCUGGUGCGCCCCAAGCGCCGCAGCCGGCAGGAGCUACAAGCGCUCAACGAGCGCGAGCUCAUCUUCGAGCUGGUGAAGGACAUCUGCAACGAAUUGGACAUCCGCCUGCUCUGCCACAAGAUCCUCCAGAACGUCACGGUGAUCACCGACGCGGACCGCUGCUCCCUGUUCCUGGUGCACGGCGAUCGAGACUCGCCGUCAGGCCGCUGCCUCGUGAGCCAGCUGUUCGACGUGUCAUGCCGCUCGACGCUGGACCAGGUGCGCUACGAGGAGGUGCGCGUGCCUUGGGGAUCCGGCAUCGUCGGCUACGUGGCGCAGAGCAAGGAGGCCGUCAACAUACCGGACUGCUACAACGACUCCCGGUUCAACAAGAGCAUCGACCUGCGCACCGGAUACCGGACGCGGUGCAUGCUGUGCAUGCCCAUCUUCGACCGCGACGGCGAAGUCAUCGGAGUCGCGCAAGUCAUCAACAAGAAGGGCAGGAACGAGCACGACGUAUUCAACAGCAACGACGAGAAGGUGUUCUCGGAGUACCUGCAGUUUUGCGGCCUUGUCCUGCGAAAUGCUCAGCUCUUUGAACGGUCCGAACUUGAAAACAAGAGGAACCAGGUUCUUCUGGAUCUUGCUCGUAUGGUGUUUGAAGAACAGAGCACCAUUGAACAGGUGGUGUACCGCAUCAUGACUCACAUGCAGUCACUGCUCGAAUGUGAGCGCUGUCAGGUGCUACUUGUCGACCAUGAGACCAGGACUGCUUUUCACCGGGUCUUUGACUUGGAAGGUAAAGACGCUCUCAGAGAAGACGUGGCUACAUGUACUAGCCCAUAUGAAGGCAGGUUUCCCAUUAACACUGGUAUCACAGGGUCAGUGGUCGCAACUGGUCAGAUUCUCAACAUACCUGACGCCUAUAAGGACGACCGGUUUGAUCCAAAGGUGGAUGAAGGGAGCUCGUUCCGACACAAGUCCAUCCUCUGCAUUCCAAUUUACAAUGCCAAUCGUCUAGUCCUAGGUGUGGCCCAGCUCAUCAAUAAGCUUAAUGGCGAGCCAUUCAACAAAAACGACGAGCAGCUACUUGAGGCAUUUGCAAUCUUCUGUGGCUUGGGCAUCCAGAACACACAGAUGUAUGAAAAGGUGGUGAAGGCCAUGGCGAAACAACGGGUUACACUUGAAGUGCUCUCCUAUCAUGCAUCUGCGCCCCUUGAAGAGGCUCUCAAGCUCAGUGAGUGUGUUCUUCCUUCAAUGCAAUCACUGCGGUUGCAAGACUACAAGUUUAAUGACUUCAGUCUCGAUGAUGAUGGCAUGCUCAAAGCCUGCUUACGCAUCUUCCUUGAACUGGACUUCCUCAAUCGGUUCCACAUUGAGUACCUGGUAUUAUGCCGGUGGCUUCUGAGUGUCAAGAAAAACUACCGCAAGGUGUCCUACCACAACUGGCGGCAUGCCUUCAACGUCGGCCAGAUGAUGUUUUCCAUACUUACCAACACGAAACUUCAUGAAGUUCUUGGUGACCUGGAAACCUUUGGCCUCAUCAUGGCCUGCUUAUGCCAUGACCUGGACCACAGAGGAACCAACAACUCCUUCCAGAUCAAGUCAUCAUCUCCAUUGGCACAGUUGUAUUCUACAUCAACAAUGGAGCACCACCACUUUGACCAGUGUGUCAUGAUACUCAACAGCCAGGGCAACCAGAUUCUGAGUCAUGUUUCUCCAGAGGAGUACACCACCAUUAUAAGGAUUGUUGAAGAGGCCAUUCUUGCCACAGACCUUGCCGUCUACUUCCGUAAGAGAGGCCAGUUCUUCAAGCUUGUGGAGAACGACGAGUACCAGUGGACCAACUGCGAUCAUCGUGAGCUUCUCAGAAAUAUGCUGAUGACAGCUUGUGAUAUUGGAGCAAUCACUAAGCCCUGGGAUGUCCAGAGAGUGGUUGCAGAUCUGGUGACAAUGGAGUUCUUUCAGCAAGGAGACAUGGAGAAAAAAGAGCUCAAUCUCCAACCCAUUGACAUGAUGAAUAGGGAGAAAAAAGACCAGCUUCCAGCGAUGCAGCUAGGCUUUAUUGAUUCCAUCUGUCUCCCAUUGUAUAGGUCAUUCUCUGCACUGAAUGACCGGUUAUACCCCCUGCUGGAAGGUGUCGAGCUCAACCGCAUGGAGUGGAAACGGCUGGCUGAUGCGCAUGCUGCAGACAUCAAUGGCGAUCGUAGCGAUAGUGAUGAUCCUGAUGCCAAGAAAAAAACAUAAGGCACCAACACUCAGCUUGGCCAGCUAUGUGGCAUGUUCAGUAAUCUGCAUUGUGUUGCUGCACCACAUGUCCUCAUGGUCAGCAGGUGAAGACAACUUCACAAGCUCACAUGUUUCGCCAAUGGGAUCUCCGGACCCUUCACCUACAGCUUGGCUGUAGCAUUGGUUCAACAUGGCUGGCUCGGACCAUGCAUUGUUACAGUGCCAAUCCACAGCACUCCUGACAUGCUAAAAACAGGCAGCCAGGGCAGACCUGCCCUUCACACAUACAUAAAAAAAAAUAUUCAUAUACGAGACAGGAGAUUUAAGGCCUGUCAAUAAAUGCAAAGUCCGUACUUUAGUGCAGUGCCAUCAUGUGAUGAAAUGACACUGUUAAACACCGUAAAAAUGAGGAUGCUGUCCUGCUUCCAAGUCCUUGUGUGCUGGUGUUCACCAUCUAUAGUGGGGCUUGCAGUUAAAAAAAAAAAACUCUGCAUCACUGCCUGCAGUCACUGGAUCGAGUAAUGCAGAGCAAUGGUAUACAUGUUUGUUGAGCCAUCUCAUAUGUUGUGUCUGCAGCGUGGCAUAUACUGUGCAAUCACUUAGUGGAAGUGCAUUUAAAACCAUGUACUUGUGAUAAGCAAUUUGCAAGUGUACCUUCACUACCAACUUGUGAGAAAUUUGAGCUCCAUUUUUCCUAGCCAGCAGUAUUUUGUAUUACAUGUUUGACAACUGCUUACCUAUGCAGUGAUAUUGAAUCUAUGUCCCAGAGUGGCUUGGUCCGUGAUAUGAAAGCAAGCUCACAAUCUUUGUUUUCAUAACAUUUUUUAAAGGUGGCAUUGCCGUAAGAGCCUGUUUUAAAGCACCAUCACCUUUCACUGACAAGGAGCAGAAAUAGCAAGGCCUGUGGCAGAUAUGCUCACAAUGGACAUGGGUUUACGAUUCUACAUCACUAUCAAGCAAAGCUAGCAGCAAGAUGCCACUACAUACAUCUAUGACCAAUUUUUGAAGCAAGUUUUCAAGUUGUAACACUUGGUCUGCUCAUUAGUAUCAGAUCACUUGUUGGACUGUAGCAGUUUGCACGAGGCUACGUAAACUUAAUUAUAUUGAGUAGUGGCGAUUGUUUUUCACUGCUCCUCAACUGAGAAAUCUAGGCAAGUUAAAGAAAAGUUGCAUACAUAAUUUUAUUUAAAAGUCUAGUCUCUGCUUUUCAUGAGCAGUAGCAUCUUUGUAUUGGUUGUAUUUUAGUUCAACUGGUGAGCUUAGAGUUGGUGGAAGAGUCAGACUGAAGUUUCACCCACAGAGAGGGCAAAGAGUGGAUUUAGCACAUAGAUUGUAAUAUUCUCUGCAAGAAGAGGUUAUUGAAGCCAUUUUAUCAAAAUGUUCUAGUGGAGUUUUCUAAUUAUUCCAGAGAUGUAACCUGUACUCAAGACAUGUACUGCACUUUCGAAUUAGCACAGCCUCCCAAAAACCACUCAUGCAGGUUUAGAUGGCCAACUGCCUGCUUAAAACAGACAACCAGUUUCUUUAAAAUGAUAGAGAAACUGCUGUGAAAAUCAUGUACAUCGAGGUUGUUGAGAGACUAGCUAUUUAUUCAAGAUCACUUAUGGCGAAUUUGUCAGAUGGCACUGGUGUGCACCGGAGCACCCCAAUUCGUCGUUUCAUCCAAUCAUCGUCGCCCCAGGGUGCCCCGCUGUGCACUGGUGCAAUUUGCUGAUUUUGCUAUUAUAUUGAGCACAGAACUCAGUACAGAUUGGUAUCAUUUUAUUAAACAUUAGACAGCCCACGUGGUGGAACUGAGAGGCGGGAAAUUUUUUCAGGAUACAUGCUCUGUAGAGUGUUCCACAUAAAGCUCGCUAUAAAGCUGUUGUUUCUGGAAUUGUGCUGUUGAAUUGUAGUUGUGAUGCUUUUCUUUGUUUUCCUUUUUACAUUCAAAGUUUUUCCACUGUUUAUUCGUUACUUGUACCAGUAGUGUGGGCUGUGAGAAAAAAGUUGUGUGGUAACUGGAGCCUAUUGGAACAGAUUUUACCUGAAUCAACUUUUGUGUUCCACACUGCAUGUUGCAAAUCAUCACAAAAAGGUGCACCAUGUUUGUAAUCUCUCAAUUUUCCUUGUUCUGCCAGAGAAGGUGCAGGAGGACUCAAGUGUACAUUUUUCUUAGCUUCAACCUAGAAAUGAAAGUUGACCUAAAGUAGCAUUUUGUAAUGCUUUAUUUCAUUAUUCAUUUCUUAUCCGUUGCACCGAGAGGUUGAUCCCAAUGACAAUGGUGGCAUGGCAGCAUCCAAGCCAAUGAUAUAGGGCAACAGAAUGAAAACAUGGAAUGUAUUGCUACAAAAUACAGUCCCUAGUUUAUUCUGAGUUGCGAGCAUAAUAAUUCCACUUUCUCAAGUUUUUUUCUGUAGCUUACAGAUUAAUGCACCCUGUCAAGCAUGCAAUGCCUGCAGCUGCCAUAAUGUCCUUCACCGUGUCAAACCUCUAAAGCAACACCACCCCUCCUCUUAUCUUUUCUUUUCUUGAUAGAUGUAACACUGAAAGGGAAGCUUAAAUGAGUCUUCGUGUUUCUUUUCCCUCGUAAAAUUGCUUUUUUAUCUCUGAAAUUUAUCGCUUGCGUCCACCUUAAAGUGCAUGUCAGGUACGGCAUAGCACAAGAAAAAAGUUCCUUUUUCUAUUUAGCCUUAAACAUUACAUAGAUGCGUUUGGUACCAUCUUUAACUUGGACUAUGUGCCAGUACCUAUUGUGCUAUAUAAUUAGCAUAAGCUUUAUUUGGUGUCAACCUUUGUUCCCUAUGUAUUUUUAGUGAUGCAUGCAAGGCCUGUACACGGCACUUGUAGACAGUGAUCCUUGAACACUUGUUGCAGACGCAAAAAAACAUUUGGUUUGUUUGAGCCCAGACUUGAAAACUGGUGUUUCUGUCCAUUAGUCUGCCUGUCACUUGUUACCUAUGAACUGACUUUAUGAUGGCACUUAUAUUAUACAGUUGUAUAUGUAUAGUGUUUAGAUGUCAUGAUGUCUUCUCUUUGUAUUUCUAGUAUGAUGCAUUCUUAUUUAUUUCCUUUGCAGCAAGCUGCUUCUUUGCUCUCUCAAUGUUCACAGACAUGCUGCUUUGUACAUGUGACUUUGUAUGUAUGUACACUGUAAAGUUGCUAAUGUUUGUGCCUCAUCUGUACAUAGUCUUGCCAUGUCUCAGUGAUCGAUUGGCACUUCUCUACCUCAUGUACGGAGCAUUUUUACACCGUGAGAGCCCACCUGAAUCAUCAGCGGCAGGAGAUUCGUGGCUGUCUUAUCGAAAUGUGGCAAUCAGUGUACCGUAUUUUCCGGUGUAUAAGUCGCGGUUUUUUUCUGAAUUUUUCGUAGGGGCGUCUUAUAGAACGGUGCGACUUAUAUACGUUUUUUUUUUUUUUCUGAAAAAAGCUGGCAUCAAAAUCUGAUUGGAUUUGAAUCUGAAUGGUCACGCGAAGCGUGCUGGGUUGACUUCUGGCAGUUGCUGCGGUUUGUGUGCGCGCUAUGGAAGUACCGGAUCGAGUUGCCGAGCGCCGUGCGAGAAGGACGGAGCAGCGACGCAAGCGGCGGCAGGCCGACCGCGAAUCGGCAGACUCCAAAAUUGUCGCGUCUGCAAAUCGCUUUCGAGAUACGGUACGCGCGUUCCGCAGUGAAAACUACGCAGUUGCUACCAGAGUACAAGCCCCCCUCCCACCCGCGCUGUCUUCCCGCUUUCCUCCCUUGUGCGCGAUUCGGCUCACCUUCGCUCGCUUUCACUCGAACGUACAUGCAGCAUACUGCGUGUGGUGACGAUGUUAUCGCCCUUAUACGGAGCAUCGUGGCGACCACGACGGCAGAAAUGCGCCUGGAGUGACCAUAUCAUUGUUUGCAAUGCAUGCGCGUGCCUUGCUUUCACGAAGUAAAAUGUCACUGUAUUUUUUUUUUAUCGCUUACCGAACGAACAGGUGCAUCUUAUACACUGAUGCAACUAUGUAUACAUGUUUUUCGGAAAAACUGCCGUUUUGAGGGGGGGGGGGGGGGGCGACUUAUACAAAGGUACGGCUAAUAGAACGGAAAAUACGAUAGUUAUUAUAAAUCAAUAUUAGCAAAGAACUAGCCGGCGGUGCUGGUAAUCUUUGAACAUUCUAAUGCAGUUAUUUAUUAUGAAACACUGAAUGAAAUUCUGAAGUACACCAUGCACUUUCUACAUCUGAGGAAUUUGUCAUAAGAAAAUGAGAAUAAGUGACUGCAGGUGCCCCAUAGGAUCUCACUGAAUGUUUAUCAUAGGCUCACAGUUUCGAGAGUUAGCAAAUAUUUUGUUAUCUAUAUCAGCUGACAAUGUCAGCUAUUAUGACAGUUAAUAGUAUAUUGACAUGCUUGUAAAGCACUUGGAAUAACUUUGGCACGAAGCACAACUGACAAACUUCAAGGCAGCCAACUUGAGUAAAUAAACGGCUCGACUUAGUUUUAUUGACCUUUCAAGGUACAUUUUAAUGUUGCAUUAACCUAAUGAGCGCAUAUUACUCUUAUGCCCAAAAUUGUGUAUGACACCAAAUUUAACGUACACUGACUUAUUAUUGAGUUGUAUACUCCUUACAAGCUUGCCACAUGCAUCUGCUGUCACUUUCUUGGUUCAAAUGCAUUGAAUUUUUUUUUGUGUGUGUCUGUAUGUUUUGCCAUAUGGGAACCCUGGCAUACUCCCACUGCAAAGAUAGACUCCACUAUAUAGUGUUGUUUCCUUUGUUCCUCACGUAAUGUGCACCCUUAAUGAGCUGCUACUACUGCUGUAUGCAUAGGAGCAGUAAAAUGCCUGACUAGUUUGGAGACAAAAGCAAGAACAAAUGAGCACAAUGGCAUCUUGAGGGAGCAAAAGAAAUUAAGGAUUGAUUUGAAAAUGCACUUUUAUUGAGUAGUGUCCUAUCUCAAAAAAAUGUACUGUCCUUGAUGAAUGGUACAUGGAUACAAAGUUUUGAAAAGUGACAAUGAGCUAUUUGCAGCCAAGGUCGUGCUUGAACCAACCUAUUGUGCAAUUUUUUUUUUAUUUUACUAUAGACGCAAGCAGUGAAAAACAUAGAGAAAUGUAUUAUUAUACACUUGUAGCUUUGUUAAACUGCAAAUGAUGAGCAGAGUAAUAAGCUGAUCAAUGUAGAAGAAACCAAUGAACACAACUGGCUUACCACAAAGGUCAAAAACAUAUAGUACAGAAAGUAGCAAACUCUGUAUUUCUUUAUAGGAAAUCUGAUAUAUUAACGUUGUUCACAAGAUCACCAAUUUCAUUACGAUACAGUAAAAACAUGAGUUUCAGACAGUCCAUUCAUGUCACGUCCUCUUCAUAGGUAUAAUGUUCUUGUCAUGUAAUAUGUAAUUGUAAUAAUUUGUAAUUUAAGAAUGGAGUGUGUACAUACCAAUGUACUUGCAUGUGUGCAGGUUUCUUUCUUAUAAGUAAGCAUUGAUGAAUGCUUACUCAUUGUUAUUUCCUUGCUACAAAUGUUUUUAAUGACAGAUUUUUCUAAAUUUCAUGCUGGACUGUUCAUUCAUUGUUCAGUGUUUGCUAACCAGGUCUUUGUAGUCUAUAUUGUCAUGGAAAUAUUGCCUGAAUGACUUUCAAGUUCACAAAAUAUGUUUCAUAUAUGUCUGCCUAAUGUGCAUUCUAGUGCAAUAUCUAACAAAGCUGUGGCAUUGCUGCAUUGUGGAACAGGAAGACAGUGUUCACUAUGUUGGGUUAAAGAAUGAACUUCUGUGACUGUAUUUUCAAUACAUUUUGGAUUCGGCAUCAUUUGCCGCAAUAUAGAUUUGACACAAACAAGGAUCAAGCUUUUGGUCAGUGUCUCUGCCGAAGGAAAUUUCUGAAAUUUUGAUGUGUUAUAUUCAGUUCAUUUUAUUCCAUGUUAGUUUCGCCUCUAAGCAUUUAUUAAACCUACAGGUGCACUUAUAUUUGAUCCUAAGCUAGCUACCGUUCAGAGGGAUGCAAGCCUUAAUGUUCUCAUGCACAGUUUGGAAACCUGUAAACACCAUUUUUCCCUAUAACAGUUGCCUUUCAUAGUGUCCGUGCUCUUUUUGGCUUUUUCACCAUUGUCCAAUCAUUUUGUCAUCUUACAAAACAAAAAUAUGUUUUGCAAAAGCUGUAGACUUUUGCAGUGAAUAGGCCAGCUGCCACAGCAAUGUUAUUGUGACAAUCUGUGCUGCUGGGGAGAAUGCAUUUCUGUUUAGUUGGCUCAUUUCCAAAUUGCAUGUGUAGGGCAUUUCUAGGCUUCCCAACAAAAUGUUGUUCCAGACGCUGGAAUUCUUUUUUCAUGUCAUUCUUCGAACUGCAUUCUCAUUAAUCACAACUUUCUUUUUUUCUUGCUCAGCCUUAUUGGUGCAUAUUUUACAUUGUGUCACAUGUACAUAUUAUAAAUACUUGACACCCACCUUUGAAUUGGCUCAUCCUGUCGUUACUGCACCAACAACAGGAACACUUUUUUGCCCUUGCUGCAAGUCAAUUUGCACUUGGUUUUCAUUUUUAUGCUUGCACAUACUGUAUACCAAUAUGUUGUGUCUACCAGCAUGGCUAUGCGCAUGGGUUCGAGAGAGAUUUCGAAAACUGAUAGUUACACUUGUUGCCAGCUGUAGAAGACAAGUUUGUAAGCACAGCAUGGGCUUUCUGCAGACAUGCCACAUGUUGAGCCUAGCUGUGCAGAACCCACACUGUACAGCACUUGCCCACAGGAAGCAAUAGUAGCAUUGUGGUGUGAGCACCACACGUAUCUGCACAUUGCCACAACACAUAGCGUGAAAGACUGAAUAUUCCUGUGACACUUCGCCCCUUCCCUGUCUUAUUCUAUGUGUUAUAAAUUAUCCAUGUCAGCAACGUUUCUACUGUUACCAAACAUGUAUUUAUUACUGUUUAAUCUACAAAUAUACUGUUCUCUUUUCAUGUGUUCCAGUGGUAUGUGCCUCGUGUCUUCUACAUGUGAAAAUUUUAAGAAUAUAUUGGAUUGGUGGAUA